AUGUUCAUGAAAAGUCUGGAGAUGAAGCCAGGCGGGGAGAAUGUGAUGCCGAGCACCCGAACAGGAGAGCGGGCGAUCCCCACAGCCGCCAAGGAGCGGCUGCCGCACGGCUUCCUCCAUCAUCUCAUCCUCGGCCCCGGCGGCGCGGCGACGAUGGCAGGGACCUGCGAGAUUCUUCUUUUUCACCCUUUUGAUACCGUGGCGAAACGUCUGAUGUCAUAUCACCACCGCGUCGUCGCGCCGGAGUCGAUCCGACGCACGUUGCAUAAUGUCAAUCACGUAAUAUUCGGUGGUCUGGAGGCAAAGGCGCGGGCGGAUCCAGCCUUCCGGAUCACGCCAUGGCAGCGGAUGAAAUUUCUUUACCCUGGCAGCACCUACGCCGUGUUGUAUAAGGUGUUUCAGCGCGUGAUCAAAUUUGCCGGGCAGCCUUUUAUGCGAGACUUUUUGUACAAACAUUACAAUUUUUUGUUUUUCCGCGGGAAUUCUGCGAUGAGCACUGGGUACGAUCGGAAUAGUAAAGGCUUUAUGAUGCUGGAGGCAACGGCGGGGUGCCUCGUUGGCGUCUCCGAGGUCGUGUUGCUUCCUUUCGAUCGAAUGAAGGUUUUAAAUCAAACCAACGCGUCCGUGAUCCAAGGUCGAGGGCUUUUUUCGGUUAUCCGGCGCGAGGGCAUGAGGAAGUUGUAUGCAGGGACGAUCACAACAGCGGUGCGCAACGCGACAGGUUCUUUUCUCCUUUUUGGUGGUGCCGCCUUUACGAAGGAGCAUGUGUUUAAAUUGAACGAUUAUCGGGAAGCGACGGUGAUGCAGAAUCUCGUAUCAUCUACAGUCGGUGGGUGUGUGGGUGUUUUUUUCACUUCCCCGAUUGACGUGAUUAAAACACGCCAGCAGAGCCAGAGGCUUAAUGAAAGUUUAUCGGGUUGGCAGAUCCUCAGGAAAACCUUGCGCGCCGAGGGCCCAUCGGCGUUCUACAAAGGUAUUGCCCCAAAGAUUAUCACGUCCGCACCUCGUUUGGUGUUUUCUUAUACCAUGACGGAGUACUUCACCAAAUUUUUGCGCAGGAAUUCAUCGAUAAAAAAAUAG